AUGGUGUGCCAAGGCUCAAAUUUGAAUAAUAAGAUGAUGACUGGGCUUUGUGAAGAAUUCAAGAUUGUCCAUCAUAAUUCAUCUCCUUACAAGCCUAAAAUGAAUGGGGAUGUUGAAGAUGCUCAUAAAAAUAUUAAGAAGAUCAUCCAAAAGAUGGUUGUUACUUAUAAGGAUUGGCAUGAGAUGCUUCCUUUUUCUUUGCAUGGGUAUCGUACAUCCGUCCAUACUUCAACAGGGGCAACCCCGUUCUAUCUUGUGUAUGGUAUGGAAGCAGUUCUCCCCGUUGAAGUUGAAAUUCCCUCUUUGCGUGUAAUAAUGGAAACCAAGUUGUCAGAGGCUGAAUAG